AUGGCUAACAAGCAAGACCAGCCAAUUAAUUUAUCUCCACAUGCCAAAGUUCCUUAUCCUCAGAGGUUGAAGCAAGAAAUUCAAAAACAGCAUUAUGCAAGGUUUCUGGAUAUUUUCAAGAAACUACAGAUCAACAUUCCAUAUGCUGAAGCCUUGAAAAACAUGCCUUACUAUGCAAAAUUUAUGAAGGAUCUUUUGUCUAAGAAAAGGAAGUUGAAAGAUGGUGAGACUGUGGCUUUAACAAAGGAAUGUAGCACCCUGAUUCAAAAGAAGCUUCCUCCAAAGUUAAAGGACCCAAGUAGUUUCAGCAUUCCGAUUGCUAUUGGAGAUGUGGAAGUAGGAAAAGCACUUUGUGACUUGGGGGCCAGUAUAAAUUUGAUGCCAUUAUCUGUCUGCAGAGCUUUGGGGAUUAACAAGCUGAAAACCACUAAUGUUAUCCUACAUCUAGCAGAUAGAUCAAUUAAAAGACCAGAAGGGGUGGUAGAAGAUGUUCUGGUCAAGGUGGAUAAAUUCGUUUAUCCUGUAGAUUUUGUAAUACUAGAUAUGGAAGAGGAGGAUACUGAAAGUCCUCUACUCCUAGGGAGACCAUUUUUAGCCACUGCAAGAUCUCUGAUUGACGUUGAACAAGGAAAUUUGAUGUUAAAGAUGGAUGAAGAAACAGUCACCUUUGAUGUGUUUGAUGCUAUUAAACAUCUCGUUGAUGUGGAGGAUUGUUUCAAAGUAGAUGUCAUACAGGAGGCUGUGGAAGAAGUGAUAGAAGAGGAAAACUCUUCACUUGAGGAAGACAAAUUCAAGGAGGAAACAAGUGUGGAAUACUUUACAGAAGAACCGAAAGUAGAAGAGUUAGAAAAGAAAGUAGAUGAUAUUCCUAAGGGAGCAUCCAAGGUGGAACUUAAAGAACUUCCAUCAAAUCUCAAGUAUGUGUUUCUUGGAGAUGAUCAAACAUACCCAGCCAUUAUUAAUGCAUUGUUGUCUGAAUGGGAGGAAGUAAAGUUGAAUUAA